ACGCACACAAGGAUACAUUCUAGAGGAAGUAACAAACACUUGAUUGUCGAUUUUUCUUUUAUAGAUAAAUCAAAACUGGCUUUAUUACUUCCGAGUCCUACAUCAUCUAACAUAUUACAAAUCGACAAUUGUCAGAGUUUGAUCGUUGAAUAGUAGUCAGUAGAUGAUGGCAAGAUUUCAAUUUGAAGUUGAGCUGGCAGCAGAUGAAGAUCCGAAGAAUAACAUCAUAGUUAUAAGAUCAAUAACAAAAGAGGAUGGAACAACAUAUCUCAUGCCGACAUGCUUCCAAGCAGCAAAACACCAUAGUCAAUUGGUAAAGUUACCAGAAUUUUUGAGAAUAAAAAAAACAUUACAGAAAAGAGGUCACAAUAGAAGGGUCUGGAUAUCUAUGCCAAGUGAUAUUUUAGCUCUUUAUGUAGAUGAUGCCGGAAAUAUGGUAUUUAAUGAUUAUUUAUUACAAGAAAUGACGCAAGUUACGAGCCAAUCUAUUACAGAUGGAAAAUUAAUGGAAAUUUUAGAGAAAUUAAAUGGUAAUUCCUAUGUGAACAAAGAACAUCACAGCAAUUUAAGCAAAUUAAAUGAAAAAUUUGUUUUAAAGAAGUUUGAUAACAAGAUAGCUAAUGCCAAACAGUGGCUGCAAAGUUUUGAAAGUGAAUGUACAAGAUAUGAUUUAAAUGGUGAUACAGAGAAAAUCAGUGCUUUAAAAUUAUUUCUGAAUGACUCAGAAUGUGACUGGUAUGAGUCUAUGUUAAUUAAACACAGCUUGAACUCGUCAUGGAAAAUAUGGCAAGUGAGUUUUUUAAAUACAUUUGCAGAUAAAAAUUGGUCUUCUGUAAUGUAUGCGCUGAACUUCAAACACUUGAAUGGUCCUCUGCUAGAAUAUGCAUUGAAAAAGCAAAGAUUGUUACUAGAGUAUAAUAGUGAUAUAGAUACCAGAACUCUCACUGACCUCAUAGUUGCCGGAUUGCCGACUUAUAUUACAUGUAAACUAGAUAGACAAGAGGUGACAGACCCAACUCUUCUGUUUAGUGCCCUGCGGAAGUAUGAAAAUCAGAAUAAAAAUAUCCAAAAACACUUUACUGAGAGGAAAGGCGUGACUAAAUUAGAAGUGGAAUAUAAAAAGAAAACACAGUGUCAAAUCUGUUACAAGAUGGGUAAAAAAAACAGAUUUCAUUCUGAAGAUUUGUGCUGGUUUAAGAACGAAAAUAAGAAUAUCAAUGAUAGUGUAAAACAUUCCAAAAACUUUAUGUUGGAGGUUGAGCAGUAUCAAGAUACAAAAAACUAGAUAUUCCCCCACUUAUAACA